AUGGACAUGGGCAUGGUUUACCUGCCUGCCCUCGUCUAUAACCCGCAGAACGAAAACUUCGAGAAGAACGACGGUAGCGAGAGCAACGGCAGAUAUCUUUCAGACACAGAAGACGAGAACCCAGAGAUGGGGGACGAGAACUCAGAGAUGGAAGACGAUGACGAAGAGAUAGAAGACGAUGACGAAGAGAUGGAAGACGAAGACGAAGAGAUGGAAGACGAAGAGAUGGAGGACGAUGACGAAGAGAUGGAAGACGAAGAACUAGAGGAAGAUAUCGAGACUGAUGAUUCCUGGGACACAGAAGACGAGGACUUCAUUGACGAUAGCGAGAAUGACGAUUUCUCGGCUAUGGACGAUGAAGAUUUUACCGACUCCGACUCCGACCUUGACGACGAGUCCGACUCUGGCUUCGACGACUUUGACGACUUUGACGACGCAAUUGACAACGACGUCCUCUCAGAGGAGGAGAUUGACUCUUGCUCUGUCUCUGACAGCGAGGUAGAAGAUUUCGAAUACAAAUUGCGAAAGACCCACAACCCUAGACAUAUCAAAAGCCUGGAUAGAAAGCUAGAGCACUAUGAUGAGGACACAGACAAUAUGCAAGGGGUUUCAGACGGCGAUCAUAACCUGACUGUUGCGUACGAGGGCGUACACGGCUACGUAGUAGCCGACGAUGAGUCCAUGGAGAUUCUAAACGGAUCGAGUAAGUCUCGCGUAAUGGAUGCGCUGCCCGCUACAACAGACUCGUAUGCUGUGAUCACUGCCCUGGAUAGGAAUGUCUCCAGUCAUUCUGUCGUUGCCACUAGAGAUCCGUUCGACGCCCCCAUCAUGGAUGAGGAGCAAACAGCAAACUACCACUCGUGGUAUGGUGCUGAUCCUGACGAUGAUGCUCAGAUACCUUUGGACCAUGGUGAGCGGACAACGGCAGUCUUUGAUAGUCUCUAUCCGUAUUUGGAUGUAUUGAUUCACGCCCAGGUCGGGGGUGAGAGCAAGGUACUGGUUAUAUGCCCCUACAACUUCAGGGCCAUUGGCGAAGUCCUACACGACAUUGUCCAAGUUCAUCGCCCUGGUCACGGAGGGUAUGUCGAAGUACUGCACGCCAGCAACGGUAAUGGGACGAUGCCAGACGUGGCAACUGUCCGCGCUAUGUUGAAAGCCCAAAAGAAGAGCAUGGUAUGGGACAUGGUCGUGUGUUUUGGCUAUCCUAGCAAUGGACGCGCAGUCAAGGAGUGGCUUGAAGGGGUGACUGAGCUUGUGCGGUCUCAAGGUGUACAUGCUAGGGGUCACAUCAUGCUUGAGCUCGGUGGUGGUGUUGGCGAACAUUGGCAGGCGAUUGCCAGCAGAUACGAUAGGUACUGCGCUAGUAGCGGCAUCCGUCUGGUUCUAGCACAACAGCGUGGACCUGCAUACGGUGUGUUUAUUCCAGACAGCGCUUCAGAUAGCGACAGCUGGUGGGACUUGACUGGCGAACAGUGA